UCUGAAAGAAUCUUCCUGAUCAGGUACAUAGGAGGGUUUUCGCUUUUCUCCUGGCCACAUCGAGUUGUCAGCGCUGGCACGGGGUUCUUUCCGGUAGGCGUAAGGGUCUUUUCUUUUGCGGCAUUCUGUCCGAAUAGACGCCGGAGAUGCCGCCCAAACAGGAUAGUAAGAAAAAGACGGACACGAAGGGGACUGCCAAGAAGAAGGAGGGAUCCUCCGGAGGCAAGGCCAAGAAGAAGAAGUGGUCCAAGGGAAAAGUACGUGACAAGUUGAACAACUUGGUGCUCUUCGACAAGGCCACGUAUGACAAGCUUCUCAAAGAGGUGCCCAGCUACAAGCUGAUCACACCCUCUGUUGUCUCUGAGCGACUCAAGGUGCGAGGCUCUCUUGCCCGCAAGGCACUUGAAGAACUGCUCCAGAAGGGACUCAUCAAACAGGUUGUCAAGCACCACAGCCAAAUCAUCUACACAAGGACAACCAAGGCAGAAGAUGCAUGAGCUGUGAAUAAAUAACAUCAAGUGCACAGAA